AUGGCGGAUGAAAAGGUGCCACCUACGACAAGUGCAUCGUCCACUUCUUCAAGUACGAUACAUGAAAAAUUGGAUGCGGAGAAAGCAGUCACUGCACGCGGAGCUCUGAAAUCGGAUUCUGAAUCAGCGGAGAAACCUUCUGAAGCGGUACCUUCUGUUCAUGAAGGCGACGAUGAAAAUCCUAUAGAAUUGAGGAAGACGAAAAGUGCAGCGAAGUCAGCACAGGAGGAGUUGAACAGGGUUAUGACAAGUGCAGAUGGUGUGGAAUAUCCAACGGGACUUAAGUUACAGUUGAUUAGUUUGGCAUUAUGUUUGUCGGUUUUCUUGAUGGCUUUGGAUAAUUCUAUUAUUGCUACGGCCAUUCCUAAGAUUACGGAUCAAUUUCACUCGUUGGCUGAUGUUGGCUGGUACGGAUCUGCAUACCUCCUCACAACCGCCUCUUUUCAACUUCUCUUUGGCAAAUUCUAUUCCUAUUUCUCAAUCAAAUGGGUUUACCUUGUUGCAAUUGCUAUCUUCGAGCUCGGCAGUUUGAUCUGUGGUGUUGCGCCAAAUUCGGUUACUUUGAUUGUGGGUAGAGCCAUCGCUGGCUUGGGGAGUGCCGGAAUCUUCUCGGGUGCUUUGAUUAUUGUCGCAUACUCGGUACCUUUAGUCAAGAGACCAAUGUAUACUGGGCUUAUUGGAGCUAUGUAUGGCAUUGCUUCUGUGGCUGGCCCACUACUUGGGGGGGUGUUCACCGAUAAAGCUACUUGGAGAUGGUGCUUCCUGAUCAAUCUCCCAAUCGGAGCUGUGACCGUUCUUGUCAUUUUGGUCUUCUUCAAAGCACCUGAUAGAGAAGCUAUCGCAGACCUCCCAUGGAGCGAGCGCAUAAAGGAGUUUGAUCUUCUCGGAACCGCAUUCUUCAUUCCGGCCAUCAUCUGUUUAUUGCUUGCGCUUCAAUGGGGUGGUACCAAAUACCCAUGGGGCAAUGGUCGUAUAAUCGCACUAUUCGUACUCUUCGGGUUAUUAAUCGGAAUUUUUAUUGCCAUACAAUUCUGGAAAGGGGACAGCGCCACUGUACCACCCAGCAUGAUGAAGAAGCGAAGCAUGUGGUCUGCCGCAUGGUUCUCAUUCUGUCUCGGAUCAUAUUUUCUCCUUUUGAUCUACUACCUCCCCCUUUGGUUUCAAGCCGUAAAAGGCGAUUCGGCUGUCAAAUCUGGCAUUUCUAAUAUUCCUAUGGUGUUGACCUUAGUAAUCGUCAGCAUCAUCUCCGGUAUUGGUGUCACAACUAUCGGUUACUACGCACCAUUGAUGAUUAUCUCGUCAGUACUCGCAUCAAUAGGAAUCGGUCUUCUCACCACUUUCAAACCAGACACCAACCACUCCGCCUGGAUCGGUUACCAAUGUCUCGCAGGUAUUGGUAUCGGCUUCGGUAUGCAACAACCCCUCAUCGCCGUACAAACCAUCCUCAACAUCUCCCAAGUCCCAACCGGUACCUCCGUCAUCAUCUUUUGCCAAACUCUUGGCGGUGCCCUCUUCGUCUCUAUCGGUCAAAAUGUCUUUACCAAUAAACUUUCUCAGAACUUAGCACACUAUGUACCGGAUUUAAAUCCAGCAGUAGUCUUGAGCACGGGUGCUACCAGUAUUCAGCAAAAUAUUGAUCCGGAAUUCCUGGCUGGUGUGACCAUUUCUUAUAAUGAUGCGCUUACGCAAUCGUUUUUGGUGGCAGCGGUUAUGGCGGCGUUGACUAUAAUUGGAAGUUUAGCAAUUGAGUGGAAGAGUGUUAAGGGGAAGAAUAUUGAGAUGGGUGGUGCUUAA